AAUGAUGGAACGUUUUACUUUGCUUUGCGAUUUAGUUGUUGUUGGUGGGUCUGGGUUGUACUGCUGCACAGGUGGCAGACUCACUGUUGGCUUGUUGGCUGUUGUCUUGUACUUUUGUGUGGGAAGGGCGAGCUUGAAGACUGCUCAUCUCGACAACGACAGCCAGAUAGGAAAACCAGCACCAAUUGUUGUGGAGAAACCAGUUUCGGAAAUUGGGCUGGAGAAAGGUGUGAUUGAGAAACCCACUACGCUUGUAGCUAAUAGCGAUGUCCGAGCUGUUCAGAUAAAGCCAAGGACCAAAAAAAAACGAGUUGCAAAGGUGAUCAAAGCCAGGCCUCCAGUCAAAUCGAGCGAGAAGAGCAACCAGCCGAUUGAUUAUUUGAACUCCAACAUUGUUAUUUUUUAUUCGUCAUUGACUGGAUCAUCACAACGCAAUGCGAAGUAUCUUUACGAUAAGCUUAAUGAUUCGAAGGCAUUGAAAAACAGGGCUACUUUGUUGAAUCUUGAUAUUGAUAUUGAUGACUAUGACAAUUAUUUUUUUACUGUUCCGGAAAAGCUGAAGAAUUUGAUAUAUAUAUUGGUGUUGCCAUCAUAUGAGACGGAUUCGCCUAUUGAUUAUUUUAUCCAAACCAUUAACGACAAUGCGAAUGAUUUCAGGAUUGACAAGUAUCCGUUGAGGAAAAAAAUCAUUGGGUACAGUGUUAUUGGAAUUGGGGAUAAAGAGCAUUAUGGAGGUGAUAAGUUUUGUUAUCAAGCCAUUCAAGUUGAUCAAAUUUUGAGCAAAUUGGGUGGAAAUCGAAUCUUCCCAUUGAGCAAGUUUUGUAUCAAGUAUGAUACCGAUACGAAAAUCAAAGAAUGGAUUGAUUUUUUGGUGGAAAAUUUACUGUCCGAGGAGCCAUUGAGUUAUAGUAAUGAGAGUGAAAGUACCAGCGGUAAGAUUAAUUUAAGUAAUUAUAAUGAUAAUGGUAAUUCAGAUUAUGAAAAUGGUGAAGAUGAAUAUAAUAAUAAUGAAUUUAGUGAUAAUGAGAGCAAUAGUUCUAAUACGGAUCAAUCUUUGAUUGAUGUUGAAGACAUGGGUAAAUAUAGUGCCUCAUCAGCCGAUGUACAAAAUAAUCUUAGUUUCAAUUCAAAUUCAAAUUUAAAUUCAAAUUCAAGGGAUAUAAUUGUGCCAGAAGUUAAAGAAAUGAUAUCAAAGGAUUCGCCAACAUAUAAAGCGUUAACCAAACAAGGGUAUACAAUUGUUGGUACGCAUUCUGGAGUUAAGAUAUGUCGAUGGACCAAGUCAGCCUUACGUGGGAGAGGAUCGUGUUACAAGUUUGCUUUUUAUGGGAUCAAGUCGCAUCUUUGUAUGGAGACUACACCAUCGUUAUCGUGUUCAAACAAGUGUGUAUUUUGCUGGAGACAUGGGACCAAUCCAGUGGGGACGUCGUGGAGAUGGCAAGUUGAUGGGCCAGAGCUAAUUCUAAAGGGAGCAUUGGAGGGCCAUUAUAAGAAAAUCAAGCAGAUGCGAGGAGUUCCAGGUGUGAAACCGGAAAGAUUCCAAGAAGCCUUUCGAGUUAGGCACUGUGCACUUUCAUUAGUUGGAGAACCAAUCUUUUACCCAUAUAUCAAUGAAUUUGUGGGAAUGUUGCACGAAAAAGAGAUUUCAUCGUUUUUGGUUUGCAACGCACAGCAUCCUGAACAAUUGAGGAAUUUGAAAAAAGUGACGCAAUUGUAUGUCAGUAUUGAUGCGUCGACCAAGAGCAGUUUAAAAAAAGUGGAUCGGCCAUUGUUUAAAGAUUUUUGGGAGAGAUUAAUAAGCUGUCUUGAUAUUCUCAAUAGCGUUCAAAAGAGGCAGAGAACUGUUUUCAGGUUAACGUUGGUGAAGGGAUUCAAUAUGGGAGAAGUGGAUGGGUAUGUUGAUUUGAUUGAAAGAGGACAGCCAUCGUUGAUCGAGAUAAAAGGAGCUACGUUUUGUGGAAGUUCGAGUGGGAAUGGGAAUCCGUUGACGAUGCAAAAUAUUCCGUUUUAUGAAGAGUGCAGGAGGUUUGUGAUUGCCAUUAAUGAGGGAUUGAGAGCAAAAGGAUUGGACUAUGACAUCGCAGCAGAGCAUGCCCACUCGUGCUGUAUAUUGGUUGCGCAAAAGAGAUACUGCAUCGAUGGGAAAUGGUUUACUCACAUCGACUACAAGAGGUUUUUCGAGUUGUUGCGAGAAAAGGGACAGGAGUUUGAUGAAAUGGAGUACAUAUCAGAAACACCCCAGUGGGCGUACUGGGGCUCGAAAGAAGCUGGGUUCAAUCCAGACGAUGUGAAGUUCAGCCGAAGCGAAGAAAAGGCGAAAAACCGGGCAAUCCGAGAGGCAGCAGCAGCAGAGGCAGCAGAGGCAGCUAGACAGGAGGCCAACGAGAUCGACAUCAAUCUCGCCAUGGCGGCGCAGUGAAGGCAGCGAUCGCAGCAGAAGCACCAGCAGAAGCAUCACCAGCAAACUCAGCACCAGCAAGCAAAACUAAAGCAGCACAAUACAGAGUGUUUCCUAUUCGGGUUUGGAGCCGUAGCACUGGAUGGU